GGCCAAUCACAAAUAAGUCGCAUGUGAAGCCAGCAAUAUGAAAAACAUCUCAUUCAUCAUCACCAACAAAAGUCAUGUCGAACCUUGACAACUUGAGAGACCGCUUUUUAAGUUUUGCCAGCCAAGUACAACCACCUUCACAACCACCCAGGAGGAUCGGGUGGUUCAAAGUAUCUUUAGAGUAUCCUGUGAGGCAGAUCAAAGUCAGGAGGAGAGCAGCUUCUUUAAGGUUUUGGGGAAACAUUCCCCCAGAUGAAUCCAAAUGUAGAGGCCUUUAAGACAAGACAGGAGGAGGCUCUUCCCCUACAGCUGGACAGCAUGUGUUCAGCUGCAAUCAAAUCAGCUGGGCUAGGGAGGUCUGCCCUGUAUUUAAGAUAGAAGGAAACUGUAAGGAAGGAGACAACCUCUGAGGCAGAGACUCUGCCUAUGGAGAUAGGCCUACCUGUUGCCUCACCACAAGCUUCAGUGACACUAGAGUCUCUAGAGGAAAUGCGGGAGAUAUGGCGUCUUCAAGACAAGGCCUACCAUCUCUCUCUGGCUGCAGACCAGGAGAAAACGAUUUGUUCAAAAACUUGGAACAAAAGCAGGAUGCCAUUCAGAAAAUGCUUGUGGAUGAAAGCGAGAGAUUUAAAGACCAGAAAGUUGUGGCAGCUCCGGCCAAUUCGCAGCCAGAGCAGAGAGAACAAGAUGAACAGAAGCCCAAGCCCCAGCAGGAGGCGCCAAAGACUUCCCAACUGUUCCUCAACUCUCCAUUGUUUCAGGGCUGGGGAGAGAAUCUAUCGGAGGAGGAUCAGGAGGCGGCACAAGCUUUGUUUGAGAAAUAUGGCUACAAUGUUUUCCUCAGCGAUCGUCUGCCUCUCAACCGAGAGCUACCAGACACACGUGAAUCCAAAUGUUUGCAGAAGAAGUACCCCAAGGACCUGCCCAGUAUUGCUGUGGUGUUGAUCUACCUGGACGAGGCCCUGUCUAUCAUUAAACGAGCCAUCCGCAGCAUCAUCGACCGAACCCCUGAACACCUGCUGAGAGAGAUCAUUCUGGUGGAUGACCACAGCUCCAAUGAUGAUCUGAAGGGGGACCUGGAUGUCUAUGUCAAAUCCAUUAAGGAGCAGAAUCCUGGGCUUCGCAUGGUCAGAGUGAGACACGUUGAAUCACUGGGUUUAACUCAAGCUCGCAUCUCUGGGUGGAGAGCUGCUACUGCGGAUGUGGUUGCCAUUCUAGACGCUCACAUUGAGGUCCACAAGGAGUGGGCGGAGCCUCUGUUGACUCGUAUCAAGGCAGACCGGACAGUAGUGGUGUCCCCUGUGUUUGACAGGGUGAAUUACUAUGACCUGGAAGUUGUCCAUUACGUCCCAGCGGCCCAUGCUUUUGACUGGGCUCUGUGGUGUAUGUAUGAGUCCUUCAGGCCGGAGUGGUACCAUCUCAACGACACGUCACUGCCAGGAAAGAGUCCCUCUAUCAUGGGAAUCAUGGUGGUGGACAGGAAAUUCCUGGGAGAAAUCGGUGCCCUCGAUGGUGGAAUGAAAGUGUAUGGAGGGGAAAAUGUUGAGCUAGGUGUGCGGGUGUGGCUGUGUGGAGGAAGCAUAGAGGUAGUGCCUUGUUCUAAGAUCGCCCACAUUGAGAGGAACCACAAGCCUUACGCACCUGACCUGAGCAUGUCCAUGAAGAGGAAUGCACUGAGGGCAGCAGCGAUCUGGAUGGAUGAGUACAAACAUAAUGUCAAUCUUGCCUGGAACAUUCCCAUUAAGGAUCAUGGAAUAGAUAUCGGUGAUGUGUCAGAGAGAAAGGAGCUCAGAGAAAAGCUGAAAUGUAAGCCCUUCAAGUGGUACCUGGACAAUGUGUAUCCUCAGUUGGACACAUGGGACAACAUCCUGGCCUAUGGAGGGAUGAAGAACUUGGAUGCAAACAUAUGUAUAGAUCAAGGAAUUUAUCCUGGUCAUACACCCAUAGCCUUCGACUGCUUCAACUAUGGCCCACAGCACACCUACUACCACAGUAAUGGGGAGCUUUACAUUGGUGGCCUAAAGUCCCACAAGUACAAUGACAACAGGUGUUUGGCUGACAGUGGGGAAGACACUGUUCCUGAUCUGUACGACUGUAACGAGGCUGUGCAGAAGGGCAUGGGCAUUCACUGGGACUUUACGCAGGGCAAAGAACUCAAGAACAGACAAACAAAAAGAUGUUUAGAAAUACAGAAACAGAAACUUGUGGUUGAGAAAUGCACUGGCCAAAAAUGGGAAAUCCAAAACAUCAUCAAGCCCUUCUAAUGGACCAGCAUAAAGGAGAUUCAUGUUUGCCUCAAGACUAAACCACAUUUUAUGUAUUUUUGUUUUUUUGAUAUUCUGUUCUAUGGGUCACUUUGGACUACCAACCUAAAUGUGGCAUAUGCCUAUGCAUUGCUAUAACACAACAGUGCUUAUUUAAUUUUGUUGAAAUGGAGAUGUGCUUUUCUGUCCUUGAUUUGCAGUGUCAUAAA